UGACUGACCCGGCGGAGCUAGCCAGCUUUAACCUUAACACACAUCCACCCUGCACGCCAGGAUUUGAGUCUGCAAAAGGGAAAAGGUUGGCGAUAGGAAGAGAGAGAGAGAGAGAGAGAGAGAGAGAGAGAGAGAGAGAGAGAGAAAGAGUCGAAUAGAGGGGAGCUGGAAGUGGAGGCUGCCUCAAAUUGUCCGAAGGGGCAGCAUUUCUCCAUCUAGUUCCGGUUGCUCUGUCUACUACACUGCAUGCUGUUUGGAACAGCAACAAUAGGUUACCAACAUUUAAAGCGGAGGAAUAUACUUCCACCAGACUGACUGAGCUUAUUUAAUGCGAGAUAAACAUGAGUUCCUAUUUUGUUAAUCCUCUUUUCUCCAAGUACAAAGGUGGCGAGACGUUAGAGCCGACUUAUUACGACUGUCGGUUCCCACAGAGCGUUGCACGAAGCCACACGCUUGUGUACGGACAUGGAGCAGCUGCACCGGGCUUUCAGCACCCGUCACAUCACGUACAGGACUUUUUCCAUCACGGCACCACAGGUAUCUCUAAUCCCGGGUAUCAGCAGAACCCCUGCGCUCUAGCGUGUCACGGAGACGCGACGAAAUUUUAUGGAUACGAAGCUCUUCCGAGGCAAUCGCUUUAUGGUGCCCAGCAAGAGGCAAGUCUAGCGCAAUACCCAGACUGUAAAUCGUCCAAUAGCUCUAACCCUGGAGAAGGACAAGGCCACUUAAAUCAAAAUACCUCUCCCAGCCUCAUGUUCCCAUGGAUGCGACCUCACGCUCCUGGAAGACGCAAUGGAAGGCAGACAUAUAGUCGCUACCAGACUCUGGAGCUGGAGAAGGAGUUCCUCUUCAAUCCGUACCUUACACGCAAGCGGCGGAUUGAAGUGUCCCACGCGCUGAGCUUGACGGAACGGCAGGUGAAAAUCUGGUUCCAAAACCGCCGAAUGAAGUGGAAAAAGGAGAACAACAAAGACAAGUUUCCGGGUCAGAGAGGUGAGGCCGACACCGAAGCCGACGAAGAGGGCAAUGAGAACGGCGAGGCGGAAGAAACCGAAGACAAGGAAACGGAAGAGAAAGAAGAAAGCAAGGACUGAUUUUAUGGUCUUUUUAUGGUUAUAUGGCGGACGGAAAGAGAAGACAUUUCGAGGAUAGAUAAUGAGAGAAGACGCGCCAAACAGUUGGGUCAAAGUGAGAGAAAAAAAAUCCACAGACGUCAGUCUCCACAUAAAAGCACUAAAAUAGUUCAUUUUUUUUAAAUUAGAGAAACCGAUAAAAAAAAUUAUAUAUUGCCUAACUGCACCGCUGUGAAAUAGGUUACAUAAGUAGGUUACCAAUAUGCAUCAACCCAUAUUUAAAUUUAGUGACCUUAAAAGCCUAACACCUGGAUAACGGACUCGUUUGUAUUUCAUACUCGAAAUAAGUUUCGGGGGGAAAAUACAAUAAUAUUAAAAUAAGUCACGAGUAACAAUAAAUCAAUGUGAAAUACUGGCAUUUGGAUGUUUACCGAGAUUGUAAACUCUUGUGUCGGUGGUGUAUAUAGAAUUCGUCACAAUAUUCUGGCAUCAUUGUUAACUUGAGGGAAGGAUCCAAUAUAUUUCCAAUAUCCAAUAAUAAUAAUAAUAAUAAUAAUAAUAAUAAUAAUAAUGGUGAUGAUGAUGAUGAUCCUCGGAAUAUGACAAUGUUGAAGUAGCACCGUUUUGAUGAAAAUGACAUUAACAAGUGUCGUAAUGUGUAUUCUGAAUUUUACAUGAAUUAGUACUUGUAGUUUAUUAUCAAGCUUUCUGAUGACGAAUGGGCAAGAUUGCAUUUUGUAAUGUUUUAGUUAUUUUAUGGGGAUCACUAGAGAUUGCAAUCGUUUGAAAAAUCUCGAUAAAAGCUACCUAAUCAUGGGGAAUUUGCAAUAUAGAUUUCUACCUAAAGACUUAGUAAAAUGUUGCUUUGUAGUAUGUUGGAAUCUAAGUUAUAUUAUUUACAAACUGAACACUUAUGUUGUUCGAGCAUUUAAGUCUUCAGAAGACUUAAGGAGCUCAGAGCCAAGCUAACAAUUUCAAGAAAUUGUACCACGCCACUACCUAAGUAGACAAAGCUUUGCCUAUAUAAAAUGGUUUGUUUCUCCACAUCAGAGAGCAGCUUUGUUUAAUAAAAUAGUAAUAACAGUUUUCCCCCAACAACUUAAACUGCCUACAGAGUACGCAUAUUUGUGCGUAAAUUACCAUACUUGCUACAAUUACUACACUACUUUGUUAAAGGAAAUGUUGUUAUUUUAUCGUGCUGGUGUUAUAGCGUAGAUUUGAAAUUGCACUGAGUGUAACCUCCAUGUACGUCUUGUAAUAUCUUACUGUUUCAAUAUGCUCGUUUUAACUGUUCCUCAUGUGAAUAUAGACAGAAAUAUGUGUGUACAUGCCACUGUUAUUGACAUCAUCAGAAGAAUAAACAU